AUGGAAAUGUCAGCAGGUGUAGGCCGAAACACCUUGCCACCAGGGCCGUCGGGGGACUCGAAGACCCCGGUCUAUGCAGUAGAGCGGUUGAACAAACAGCACUUAGCUCAAAAGGUCAAGCGCAAGGACAAGUUCUAUGAGGAGGCUCGGCUGCCGAGCGGGGAGCGGUCAACCCUGGCCGACUACCAGGCCACCUAUGACGGACGGAGGAUGGACCGGGGGCACGUG